AAUCUAGAAAAGCAGAAGAUGGCAGGCCUGGAGGCCCAGAAGAGGCCCUUGAUGUUGGCAGCACUGAACGGACUCUCAGUUGCUAGGGUUCCAGUGCCGGAGGACAGCCAGGAUGAAGUCUCCAAGGUGCCAAUGGAUGAGAGGUGCAAAAUCCUGAAGAGGAAGUUGGAAGAGGGGAUGGUGUUUACAGAAUACGAGCAGAUUCCAAAGAAAAAGGCAGAUGGGAUCUUCACCACUGCUGCCUUGCCCGAGAACACGGAGCGCAACCGCAUCAGGGAGGUCGUUCCUUACGAGGAGAACCGAGUGGAACUGGUGCCCACCAAAGAGAAUAACACAGGCUACAUCAAUGCUUCACACAUAAAGGUUACUGUAGGUGGAGAGGAGUGGCACUACAUUGCUACCCAAGGGCCUCUGCCACACACGUGCCAUGAUUUCUGGCAGAUGGUGUGGGAACAGGGGGUGAAUGUCAUAGCCAUGGUCACAGCUGAAGAGGAGGGAGGAAGAAGUAAGAGUCAUCGUUAUUGGCCUAAACUGGGCUCCAAGCACAGCUCAGCCACUUACGGGAAGUUCAAGGUGACCACCAAGUUCCGCACAGACUCCGGCUGCUAUGCAACUACUGGUCUGAAGGUCAAGCAUCUUCUCUCUGGGCAGGAGAGGACAGUGUGGCAUUUGCAGUAUACUGACUGGCCAGACCAUGGUUGUCCAGAAGAAGUCCAAGGCUUUUUAUCUUACCUGGAGGAGAUCCAGUCGGUGCGCCGCCACACCAACAGCGUGCUGGACAGCAGCAACAGCUGCAACCCCCCCAUCGUGGUGCACUGCAGCGCAGGGGUGGGCAGGACUGGAGUGGUCAUCCUGACAGAACUGAUGAUUGGGUGCUUGGAGCAUAACGAAAAAGUGGAUGUUCCUGUGAUGCUGAGACACCUGCGGGAGCAGAGGAUGUUUAUGAUCCAGACCAUAGCACAGUACAAGUUUGUCUAUCAAGUGCUUAUCCAGUUCCUGCAGAACUCCAGACUUAUUUAAUCUUCUCAACAUCCCAGCCCUGUCUUUGUGGCUCUGACUGAACCUUACAUCGAGGGGAACUGCCUUGACAACACUGUGUGCAUAUACUGCACUUUUGAAAGUUGUCUGCAAAGUAAGGAGUGAUUGUUCUUUACUAGAGUCUCCCAUGGAUUAUUUUAUACAGGAUAUAAUUUAUUUUUCUUGGAAUAACUUGUGAAUUACUUUAAUAACUUGUAAAACUUAUAGUGACCUACAAAUUGAACCACAUUUGACUUGACUGAUCUGCAUUGUAACAUGUCCAUACAGAAAGCAGUCCUUUGUAAAGGUAGUUUACUGGCUUUUAUUUUGCUACACAGCUUCUGAAAUGA